UGCUCUGUCAGAGCCACUGGGUUGCAUCUGUCUGCCUCUCUCUGCGUAUGUGUGCGUGCGUGAGUGCGCGCAGGCAAGCGAUUGAGCCAGUGAGUGAGCAAGCUAGAGAGGGAGAGAAAGGAGAAAGGAAAGCAAUCGAGAGGGAGAGAGAGAAUCGGAGUGUGAGUGCAAGACAAAGCUAUGAAAUUAAUCAGAGCUAUUUGCCUCCUGCUUCUUUGUCCAGCUUUGAGCCUCAACACUAGACAAGGCUAUGAGGGGCUGGAGCAGAAGCUGAAGGAGGUCUUCACCGAGCGGACUGGCAUCCUGCGUCAACUCUCCAAGACUUCAAAGGAACUGGACAGCAUAAAAGGCAACCUUCAGACACUGAAAAAUGACGACUCUGUGGCCAAGAAGGAUGUCCAGAGAAUCCUGGAGCUCAGCCACAAGCAGAGGGAAGAGAUGAAGUCCCUCCAGGCUGCCUUGCAGAAGCAGCUAGACGAGGCAACGGAGCAAGCCGAGAAACAGCAGGCCACAAUCAAGUUCCUCAAGAUGGAGAUGGAGAAAAAGACCAAAAUAAUCAAGGACCUGCAACAGGAGAACAAGAGCUUGAAAAAUAAACUGCUAUCUGGCAACAAACUGUGUGAUGUCCAUGCAGAAGAGUCCAAGAAAAUCCAGGCUCAACUGAAAGAGCUGCGGUAUGGGGAAAAAAAGGAUUUAAUUUUCAAG